AUGACCGGACGCGGUGGCGGUGGACGCAAGGUCCUGCUCCCUCCCAUCAACUUCAUCUUCAAGCUUCUCCAGUCGCACGCGACGGUCAAGAUCUGGCUGUACGAGCAGUUGGCCAUACGCAUUGAGGGAAAGAUUAGGGGAUUUGACGAGUUCAUGAACCUUGUCAUUGACGACGCCGUCGAGGUCAAGCAGAUCACAAAGACGAACCCAGAGGAGAAGAGGAGACCACUAGGUCAAAUUUUGCUCAAAGGCGACAAUGUCUCUCUAAUCCAGGAAGCUGUAUGA